UUUCAGUUGUCUAAAAUUACGCGUACCGAGCGGUUGUUAAAUAAAAUUUAACGGUUAACAAGAUUUGAAAAAUAAAAAAACCUAAAAACGUAAUUGGAAAAAAUGCGUUACAUUUUCAAAUUAUUUUUAAGUUAAGCAAUAUUUUGUCUUGGAAAAUAAAACUUAACCUUUGUGUAUAAUUAAAAAUAAUUGAAAAUAUAUAUAUAUAUAUUGCUAAAACAUAUUCAUACCACCAGUUGAUUCAUACAAUAGAGCGCGCGUGUACAACCAUCCAUGCACAAUUUUGGACAAUGGAUUACCAAAUUGUGCCAAAAACCCACAAUCAUUUUUUGCUUGUUAUUAGUUUAUUAAUUUUUUCUUUUUUGCCUUAUUGUUUGUGUAUAGUAAAUCGUGAUUUAGUUUUAACUCCUAAACAAGGCCUACAAUUAAGUGGCAAACGUAUAUUUUAUGAAGAAAGCUUCAACAGCGACGACAACAAUAAUGAUAAUGCCUUACAUCAUAAUGAUUCUGCGGCAGUUUUGGGGACACAGCCCUGGGAACGUACCCUAAAGCAUGUUACAUAUUUAACACUUUUCACAAAUGCUGCAAAUGGUAUUAUCACGGGAAAUUUUAGCAAAGUAAAAGAGUACAAUGAAUUCCUCGCCUCCGACUACGUGCAUUCACCCAAACCCCUCGAUUCACGUUUUGGUGAUAUUGUCACUCUGGCCCAAGGUCGUCUCGAAACAAUGCCUAAUGGUUCAUAUCGUUUUGUAGAGGGUAAUUGUGAUUAUGAAUGUGCUCGAGAAAGUAAUAUUAUAGCCAUGUGGCAUGUACAGAAGAUACGUCAUCGUGAUACAGCAGAUCGUAAAUAUCAUUAUGAAAUGAAAUUCAGUGUAAGUCCUAUGACAUCUAAAGCACCGACAGAAACUGUAGUACGUGGUGGUCCCAAUAAACGUACCAUUAUGGAAGAGAGACGAAACAAUGUACAAACAUUUAUACAGAAAGAAGAUGAUUAUCCGAAUAGUUUUAGAAAAUUAGUUUCGGAUAAAGAUGAAGAUUUCUCGGAUAAACGUUAUGAGGCAGCUAGAAACUUUCGUCAAGUUAGUCCUCACUAUGCCUCGCAACAGGUUACUCCCAUACCACAGAGUACAUUUUUAAGAGGAGUUUAUCAUCCACCUCCCCCACCACCACAUUCAACAAUGCAUAUGCAACAGCUACAACAUUCUCGUUUGUCACAGCAGCCAUCUGUACAUGCUCAUCAUCCUCAACUGCAUCAUCCUCAACAACAUUUACCCUUGCCAGAACGUUUAAAUAUUGGUGAAUUUUAUAAAGGAAAUUAUGUACCGAAAACCACCUCAAAAAUGGAAUUAUUUCCCAAUCUAUUAAAUAUGUUUAUGGGAAAACCACAAUAUCCUUUGCCACCACCCACCACAUUUCGUCCUCCCACCUACCAAAUGAAAUUCCCUAGACCAGAAAUUUACACUUUACAACAUCAUCCUUCACAAGAAUUUCCCAAAUAUUCUGAAUAUCCUCAACAUCCACCACCUCCUCCGCAAUCUCAUUCACAAGAACAAUUCACCCAAAGACCACCUACUUCUAUGCCCGUAGUAACACAUCAUUAUCAUCAUCAUUAUUUUAUGCCCAACAACAGUGCAAUUACAAUUGAACAGGCUAUACAACACAGCAGCGGUGAACAGAAUCCAGAGGCGCCUGCUGAACUUUAUCACAAUGAAGUGACUGAGAUUACUGCUCCUCAGGGUUAUGUAACAAAUUUAUAUGAAGAACCCCACGCCACAACAACUUUAAGACAACAGCAUUUCCCCCAACCACAACAUUCACCUCAAACUCAAUAUCAUGCAAAUAUUCAACAUCAACAAACGAAUCGUCAAAAUUAUCUGCAACACAAUUAUCAUUUCCCACAAGUGGUUCCACCAGCUCCCCAAAAAAUUGUCUUCCCCAGCACUCAGAUUGAACAGCAAAGAGUGGUACUUGUUACUCCUGCUCCUCCUUUGAGAAAACCACAAUAUCAGCCACAACAACAACAUCAGCAGCAGCUGCAACAUUAUAAGAAUCGUCCUUUUACUGCCUCCCUAGAGUAUACGACAGUUCAUGUACCUUUAUUGAUUUCAUAUCCUGCAACCAUAAGUGAAGAGGAACGUGCAGAUGUGCCAACUCCUCGCAAUAAACCAUUUUUACAAAGUGAUCCCCUGGAUGAUAACGUACAUUAUUCCGAACCUGAUCCUUUAUAUGCCAACGUUAAUGAGGCAGAAAGUGGAGAAGAAAAUAAAUUUAUAGCGAAUGUACAGCACUCGCAGCAGAAGGUGGGAAAUCAGGAACCUCAACUAGAAUCGCCAGAGAAUUAUGAUCACCAACAAACGAAUCAACAACAAAAUGAUGAUGAACAUGACAGCAAAAAGGAACACAGUGAAUCCAUAGAAGCUCAAUUACCAGCGCCCAAUGAAAAACCAAAUGAUACUGAAGCCGCUAAAGAUACAGAGGAAACAACAGAAACCAAACAAAAAGUAGCGGAACAAAAUACAAGUGAAUCAACAACAACCACUAUAAAACAAAUAUCUAAUGAAAAAACCACUGCCAAGUCCAUUAAAACAGAGGCCUCUAACUCUAUUGUAAGUGCAACAAAAAGGCCUAAAUUAUUUCCCUUGCGCAGCAAACGCAUAAGUCUCAAAACAGCAACUACAACAUCCUCUACAACCACAACAGCUAAGCCAACAACAUCUCCAAAACCUACAACAGAAACUAUUAAAUCCUCAACUACACCCAAGCCCAGAAAAACGUUUGUUUCAACCUCUUCCACAGAAACUCCCUUAAGAACCGUCAGUCGUUAUCGUAACACUUAUACACGUGGUAGUUCAACCACAACAACAGAAAAACCCGUACUAAAGUGGACUCCUAAACGUAAAUUUAACAAAUUUAUGACAAUAAAAAGUACAACACCAGCAGCUAAAGAAAAUAAAAUAGAAAUUAAUGAAACAGAUGAUGAAAGUGAUGAAAAUAAUGAUAACAACGAUGAAGAAAAUAACAAUAACAAUAAUGAAGAUAUUAAAACAAAUGAAAGUAAUAAUAUAAGAAUAACAAAACUACAUUUAAUGACUACAACAACAGAAAACGAAUUGGAUUCGAAAACAACAACGACAACUGAAAUGUCAAAUGCUAUAACUAUGGGCACCAGGCCAACUGUAAUGGCAUCAACAACAACAACAUCAUCAACAUCUUCAUCUACUUCUACAACAAUUUCUCCUUUACUCUCACAAACUUCACAAGCUGAAACAGAAAUUUAUGAGAUAUUAACCCAGAAAUCUGUAAGCAAAUCUGUUAGCUUAAAAGUGGGCAAUAAUGGUGAAGAAAUUCCUGUUAUUAUUGAUGAUCAUGAAAAUGAAGUUAAAACCUUUUGAUUGUGUGUUAAUGUUUAAUUAGUUUGUUGUUGCUAUUAACCAAAUAUUUUAAAUAUGAGUAUUUUGUUUUGUAAAUAUAUUUGUUUU